UCUGUUCUCCCGCGGUGAGACCAUCAAUCGACGUCCAUCUUCUACGAUCUAUUUAUAUAAGGAGAGGGCCACAACUCUUAAGGAGAGCAAAAGACACAUAACAAAACCGAGAGAGAUCAGGAAAGAAACUCAUGCUUAUUCCUUAUUAGUCCAAAUUAUUCAGACAUGGCUGCUCCUUGUGACAAGAGCUUCUCCAACAGCUACUUGCUGCUGAGACCAGAGGAUGUCGGUCUCGUCGAUCUCUUCCGCAUACUCUUCUCCACCAACUUAGAGCAGAGGAAGUUCGUGGACUCCUCCCAUGACACUGAGGAGAGUUUCAACCAGAGAUGGAUCAUCUUCAUCUCCAUCAUUGUGCAGAAGCUCCUUCUCUCCAUGGCCAAGCCCAUGGCGUGGGUCGGGUCCACAAUAGAGCUGUGGCUCAACCUCGUGAGGAUCAACGGCGGGAGCCUCGGAUCUCUUCUCCUGAACUUCAUUCGAGGAAACGCGGUGAUGCCGGACAAAACAUCUGCAGAUUUUCUGUCGCUAAUUGGCAACAUAGACAGAAGAAUGGAUUUCGACAAAAAAAAUCGGCCCGGAGAUGAGAAAUACUACGCACAUCUCGCCCUGAUGUCCUCUAAAGCUUCCUAUGAAAAUGAAGCUUUUCUCAAAUACAAGGUCACAGAUAUCUGGAAGAUGGAGUUCUUCGGCUUCUAUGAUUUCUGGAAUGAUUACCAGGAGAAAGCGACAACACAAGGGUUCAUGCUACGCGACAAGAACCUUCAUGGUGACACGAUCGUUGUGGCCUUCAGAGGCACUGAGCCAUUCGAUUCGGAUUCCUGGUGCUCCGACUUCGACAUUUCCUGGUAUGAGCUCCCCGGGAUGGGAAGGAUGCAUGGUGGCUUCAUGAAAGCCCUUGGGCUACAAAGGAAUUUGGGCUGGCCGAAAGAAAGUCCAGCUGAAUCCGACACCCCUCGUACCUCCCACCCGCCCACCGCGUACUACUUCAUCCGGGAAAAGCUUAGGUCCCUGCUGCAAGAGGACAGUCACUCCAGGUACAUUGUCACUGGGCACAGCCUGGGUGGGGCGUUGGCGGUUCUUUUCCCGGCGAUCCUGUCACUGCACGAGGAGAACGAGUUGCUCGACAGGCUCGAGGGGGUGUACACGUUUGGGCAGCCCAGGGUUGGGGAUGGAGCGUUCGGGAAGUUCAUGCAGAAGGUUAUGAGCGACCACAAGAUUGAGUACCAUCGGUUUGUGUACGGCAAUGACAUCGUGCCUCGGUUGCCAUAUGACAAUUCAAGUUUCUUGUUUAAGCACUUUUGGAAAUGUCGCUACUAUGAUAGCCAUUACGGAGAACAGAUUCUGCCGGAAGAACCGAACAAGAACUAUUUCUCCCUGAGGAGUGCACUCCCGAUGAUGGUGACUGCAAUUUAUGAGCUAAUGAGAAGCUUCACAAUUGUGUCCAUGAAAGGGCCAGAGUACAGAGAGAGCACAGUGCUGAGAAUCCUAAGAGUGAUUGGUCUGCUGGUUCCCGGCAUACCGGCUCACUCCCUCAUGGAUUACAAUAAUUCGAUCCGAUUAGGUCUGGCAUACCGAGAUAUUACUAUCAAAGAAAAAGACAGCUAGUUUGUGGAAUUAUCAACACUUAAGCGCACGUCCCGUUCGGUUCAACUCACCACCUACAUUUCCCUUCUUGAUUUUUAUUGGCUUAUCGAUGCAACCAAGAAACGGCAAAAGGAGAACGAAGGGUCUCCAAUCUAGAAUUGUAAAUUAGUUAAGAAAUUGUAAUUCAGCAAGUACCAAUUUUAGAUUCAAUUCUUUGGCUAUGUAACAUAUGUAUAUUUGGUCUAUCCACGGUUCAGUUGCUUUAAUCUA